CAUCCAUUUGUCCCCUUGCGCACACUAUUUUUCUUGGGGUUGAAGAAGAGUUCUCUCGUCUCACUCCUCCCUCGCCGCACAAUUUUCUUCCCAUCCCCUCCCUCCGCCCUUCCCAGAGCAGCAGGAAAGAUUUCAGCAAUAGGCUACACCUUCGCUGCAACACUCUUUGCCAAAAAAACAUCAAAGAUCUGAAUACAUGUUUGACUAUUUCUGGCAAAGAAUGGAGAGUGAUCAGGGAGAUCUUGCCGACAUAGUCCGCUCCGGCGGGUUUGCUGGAGCUUCGGGUGCUGCUGAGUUCCCGGUCAGCGACCAGAAACUUCCAUCGGAGGCCACGGUCUUGCCCUCGCCCGGGGACAGGAUCAACAACUUGGGAGAUCCCUUUGGGUGUCAUCGUGAUCCUCUCCUCCACAGCGGCGGAGGGCAGAUCGAGGUGGCAAUAGAGAGUAGCGAUGGUGGUGGAGGUGGGAUGAUCGUAUCCCGCAAGUUGCGGAUGAGCGAGGAGAUUAUAAAGGCAUGUGAUAUCAACCACAGGGCGUUCCGGGUGUCGUCAGGAGGAGCCAAGGGUUCCCCUCUCCCUCCAAAUGCCAUCGUGCCAACCGCGGUACUCAUCGGGGAGAUGACGAAGGCGAGUGAUGGUGCAGCGGUAGGAUGCUCCGUGGACGAUGGUGGUGUGCGGAUCUCAUCCACUAGAACGCUCGGCAUCAAACGGAGGAAGAACCAAGUGAAAAAGGUGGUAUGCAUUCCAGCCCCUACAGCGGCAAGCAAUAGACACAACGGAGAGGUUGUUCCUUACGAUCUAUGGGCUUGGAGGAAGUAUGGCCAGAAGCCAAUCAAGGGCUCUCCUUAUCCUAGGGGUUACUACAGGUGCAGUAGCUCCAAAGGAUGCACCGCACGGAAACAAGUGGAGCGCAGCCCUAUCAAUCCUAACAUGUUAGUCAUCACCUACACCUCGGAGCACAACCACCCAUGGCCGACCCAACGCAACGCUCUGGCUGGAUCCACAAGAUCCCAAGCGUCUAAGAACGCCGCUUCAGCUUCCAAGACCUCCGGCCACGAUCUAAAGGAAGACGAGCCCAAGGAAACGGCCACCGGGUCGGAUGCUCUUUUCGUAAAGGGAGAGGUCGCAGAGAAGGGCGUUCAUCAUCCGGCUGAGGGUGACGAAUACGAUGGAGCAGUCGAGCAGAGUUGCAAGCCCGCCGUGAUCCCUGCAUCGAGCCACCCCGAUGACUUCUUUGCAGAUCUGGCAGAGCUGGUAACCGACCCGAUGAGUCUCAUCUUCUCGAACGAAACGAAACCGGCGGCGGGUGGAGUCGUGGCCUUGGAUCCGUCACACAUGUUUGAUUCGGCAGGAAGGUGGAAUGGACGAGGUUCCGAUUAA